AUGCAUCGGCUCUCGUUUCUUUUACUUGUUCUUCUUCCCCUGGGAGCCGUUCCGGCUGUCGCGGAUGACGGGUCGACGUCAUCCGCGACCACUGCAUCUCUACUCACGAUCGGUGGUACCAUCUCUGGCAGCGAUGCCACGCUGCCCACCGGUCCCUAUAUCACUUACUCUUCCACCCGCACUCUUUCGGACGACUCGUCUGGCAUUGCGACUAUUACAGCCGGUCCUAAUUCCACUGCAACGGAUUCUUCGAAUUCAUCGGCCAUCGUCGUCACUCUCAGCACUUCCAACUCCAUGGUGACCUUAAGCGGCGGGAAUGCAACUACCACCAGUAUGCCGUUUGCCAAUAGCACCGCCAACUCCACCGCUUCUGCUACCUCAACGCCCACUCCGGUCAUUAAUACACGUCCUUGUAAUGGCUGGGCCGAGUUCUGCGCUCGCAACUACUCCAAUAUCACCAUGGUUGCUGCCCACAACAGUCCCUUUGUGAAACCCGGCAAUGUCGCCUCGAACCAGGCGCUUCCGGUUCUGUAUCAACUGGAUGACGGCAUUCGCAUGUUGCAAAUGCAGACCCAUUACGUCAACGGUACUGUCUACCUUUGUCACUCCUCCUGUGAUCUCCUCAACAUGGGCACUCUGGAGGAUUAUCUUUCCACAGUCGCAAAAUGGAUGAAGCAGCAUCCGUAUGACGUGGUAACGUUCCUGAUCGGAAAUGGCGAUUACAUAGCCCCGAGCAACUUUACAGCCCCGAUCGAGAACUCCGGUCUGGGCGAUCUGAUCUACACUCCAUCUAAGAUCCCCAUGGGCUUGGAUGACUGGCCGACGCUCUCGAGCAUGAUUCUUUCGGGCAAGCGGGCUGUCUUCUUCUUGGACUAUCAGGCAAACCAGACGGAAAUUCCUUGGCUCAUGGAUGAAUUUUCCCAGAUGUGGGAGACCCCCUUCUCUCCUACAAACCGCGCAUUUCCCUGCACAGUCCAGCGGCCUCCUAACCUACCACCUAAUCAAGCUGUGAACCGACUGUACAUGGCCAACCACAAUCUCAACAUCCAUGUGGACCUCAAUAUCGGAAAUGUCGAUCUGCUCAUCCCGGACAUUUCCCUCCUUAACGUUACGAACAACGUAACUGGAUACGGCAGCUUGGGAGACAUGGCCAAGGAAUGCGCCGGGAUGUGGCACCGCCCUCCAAACUUUCUUUUGGUGGACUACUAUAAUUACGGCAACCCCAACGGUUCCGUAUUCCAGGUGGCCGCCCAGAUGAAUAACGUUAGCUAUGACGUUAAUAGUUGCUGUGGCACUGAGUCUGCUGCCCCGGCCGUGUUCUCAGGUCCGAAUGCGAUGGCGAUGUUGGUGCUGGCCAUGAUGGCUCACCUGCUCGCAACGCUGUUCUAA